AAAUUUCAUUCGUAUUUUAACAAAGCGGAUGCGUUAGGUGAGCUGAGCUCUUCUCCCUUUUUCAUUUCUGGCCAUCUCCUCGCCGAUUACAAAUAAUGUCGUUGUUUGUUGAUCAGAGAAAAGAAACGUUGAGGAAAGAUGUUGGGAGUAGUAAGGCAAAAGAUGUUGGGGCAGUCCUUUCCGAAGAUUCGUCCGGCUGUGUCAGUAUUAAGAAGCUACUCAUCAGCAGCAAAACAGAUGACUGUGAGAGAGGCAUUGAACUCUGCUCUUGAUGAGGAAAUGUCAGCUGAUCCGAAAGUCUUUUUGAUGGGUGAAGAGGUCGGAGAAUAUCAGGGUGCAUACAAGAUAUCCAAGGGGCUUUUAGAAAAGUAUGGACCUGAGAGGGUUCGUGAUACUCCAAUUACUGAGGCUGUUUUUGCUGGGAUUGGGGUUGGCACUGCUUACUACGGCCUGAAGCCUGUAGUGGAGUUUAUGACAUUUAACUUCUCCAUGCAGGCAAUUGACCACAUUAUUAACUCCGCUGCAAAGUCCAACUACAUGUCUGCUGGCCAGAUGUCUGUACCCAUUGUUUUUAGAGGACCUAACGGCGCAGCUGCUGGUGUAGGUGCCCAACACUCUCAGUGUUAUGCAGCAUGGUAUGCUUCUUGUCCUGGAUUGAAAGUGCUGACACCAUACAGUUCUGAAGAUGCUCGUGGGAUGCUCAAAGCUGCUAUUAGAGAUCCUGACCCAGUUGUUUUCCUUGAAAAUGAGUUGUUAUAUGGUGAACCAUUCCCUGUUUCUGAUGAAGUUCUUGAUUCCAGUUUCUGCCUUCCAAUUGGGAAAGCUAAGAUAGAAAGAGUAGGAAGAGAUGUGACUAUUACAGCCUUUUCAAAAAUGGUGGGCCACGCUCUUAAGGCAGCUGAGAUACUUGAAAAGGAUGGAAUUGAUGCUGAGGUUAUAAAUUUGCGUUCUAUUAGGCCGCUAGACAGAUCAGCAAUUAAUGCUUCCGUCAGGAAAACCAACAGAUUAAUAACAGUUGAAGAAGGGUUUCCGCAGCAUGGUGUUGGUGCAGAAAUCUGUGCAUCGGUUGUGGAGGAGAGUUUUGCUUAUCUUGAUGCACCGGUUGAGAGAAUUGCUGGAGCUGAUAUUCCCAUGCCAUAUGCAGCGAAUCUUGAGAGAAUGGCUGUGCCACAGGUUGAAGAUAUAGUCCGUGCUGCAAAGAGAGCAUGCUACAGAUCUGUACCACUUGCUGCUGCUGCAUGAUCGAACCAAUCUAGGUCAAAAUUAAUUAGAGGAAUACGCGAUUUUUUACCUUCUCAAGUGUCUUGGGGAGAGGCAGGUUCAUUUAAUAACCGAGACAUUGUUAGAAAAGGCUGGAAAUUGGGUGACUUCAUUUGUGAUGUGAACCCUGCUGAAGCCCAAGGUUCUAUGUUUUUGUGAUGCGAAGGGCUCUGCUACUGUUUAUGUUGGUUCAGUUGAAUGAUUUUUAAAAUGAAUGCAUUGAUUUGAUGUUUUGUUUGGGAAUCACUACCAAGUAGUAAUAAAAGGAUCACCAUUUACCCCUCUUUUUCCUA